AUGAGUGCUCAAAAGACUUCCACUUGGGACGACUCUAUUGACCGUGUAUCCAUUGCAUUCAACGGGGAAAGCAUCCUUCUCCCUGAAACCGAAGGCGCCAAAUGGAAAUCUUCUACUACUUCAAUCACUAGGAUUCGUGACACCAACAAUAUUAUCGUAGUUGAAGUUGAAAACCUCUUCAAGAUUACAGCCAAAGUGGUUCCAAUAACAAAAGAAGAAUCAAGAACUCACAAUUAUGAAAUAACAGACGACGAUUGCUUUGCUCAUCUUGAUCUUAAGUUCAAGUUUUUCUCUUUGAGUAACGAAGUGGACGGGGUUUUGGGACAGACUUACAAGAGCGACUAUGUGAGCAAAGUUAAAAUGGGGGUGCUAAUGCUGGUCAUGGGAGGGGAUAACAAGUUCAAGAGUUCCGAUUUGUUUGCGGCCGAUUGUUUUGUCGCUAAGUUUACCGGAAACCAUGAUCAAAGCGCUUCGUCUUUGAACUUGGAAUUGCCAAGCUUGAAGUGCGAAAGUAGGGAUGUGCAAAUGACCCGACCCGGUCCGACCCGCAAAAAACCGGCCCGACCCGCGACCCGCGAAUGCAUGAAAAUUGGAACCGUGACCCGGCCCGUGAAGUUACGGUCAGUUGACUCAACCGACAGUAUGGUCACUAAACUUUUUACCCUCUCAAUCUUUUGCCUCUUUUUGGUCGGAGAUUCUUCUGGAAGCAAUCUCUCUACCUUCAUGUAG